CUCUACCGGCAGUCCUUUGGGGAGAUGAUGGGGCCAACGCAAGGCUAUGGAGGAAAGCUGUUCGCCAAAUGCCAUGUUAUCCUACCACAGGCGUAAGGAUUGGCAGGCGCUGGGAUGGGUGCUUGUGAGCGUGCCCCUUGCCCUCCCACUCCUCCCUCUUCCAAACAAGAAUUUCUCCCCCCAACACUUACAUCUCCUCACCACCAUCAACCAUACGGUGAUCUGCAUACCACCUCUAUCUCGCUCCCGGGAUUUCAACAAACCGCUCUUUGCAACCGAGAUGAAGCCCCCCGAAGCAAAUGCAACAUAAACCGGCGAAGAUGGAAGCGUCGUUUUUAAAUUUGGGAACCCUCUUCUCCCUUCCUUCACCCCCGAGCCGUCCGCAGAGGCAAGCCCAUCUACACCCCUCAGUCUUGGAAGGGUUUUUGAUCUUCGCUCCUUUAACAACCCAAACUUCGAGAAGAUAACAUUCCUUUGCCCAAACCAACACUUUUCCCCAGACUCCGAAAGUCCUUAUCCGCGCCCGACAUUCCAGUCGGAUUGCUUUCCUUUCAUCGCCACGAUCGAAGGCCAUCAACAGCUCCCCGCAGCAACGGCUUAUCCAACACCCAUGGCACGGACCAAGACCUGCAUUUUUCCGGUGGCCACGAAGUUCCUACCGUCCUCCACCCUGAUCCCUGCCGAGCUCCCACCCGAAGCGGCACCAUUUUGUCCCCCCGUUCGAGGCUGUACCAAGCGGGAAAUCCUAGUGGACCUGCGGAAGGCCAGAAAGAGACCUCAGCACCCUCGCCGUCCUGCACCGGCUAGAUCUGCUACGGGCCCUCAUCCAGAACCGAACCGUCGCUAUAACCUUCGCCCAAACCCCAGAAGACGCCGAUAUCCCCUACGCUCCUUCCGUUUGCGGCUGUGAGAGAGUGUUGGUAGGGCUUGCUGUUUCAGCUAGUUAGUUUAACCUUCAAGGAGCAGUUUCGCACUCAUGUCGGCGGUGUUGAGCCCUCGGGCGCUGCCCCCGUCACUGAGUGCGUUUGAUGAAUUCCUUUAUUGUAUUUGGGAGAGUGGAGGGAGCUCACUUUGUAUUAUUGAGCGAAGAUCUAUCACAAACGUUCUCUCUCUGAGAAGAGGAUAUGGGGCCCAUAUGUGUGGCGGUAGCUGGUCAACAAGUGCAGACACACCUCUUUCAAAAGGUUGGAUGAAGCCACCCUCCUCUCUCUUGUAUAGUACUCAAGACGAAAGGCUCCGUUGCAACAUUCCUGCUUCCCGAAAUUCGCGCUGCUGUUCCUUCCCCGAACCCUGUAUAGAGCGAAACUAUCCGAAAGCAGAAACCUGCCUGAAAUGAUUGAGUAUGAUACCCCAGAACGGAGUUGCGGCUUUCGUGGAGCUGGCAUGUCUUCGAUCGAACCAAAAAUAAAUAAAUAGGGAUAGCGCUGGAGAAGAGAAAAGCGCACAAGAAAACAGUAAAUAAAGUAAGGGUGCCGUAUUGCCAUAUACGGGAAUUCUCGGGCGUGUACUAGUACAGUACACGGCCAGAAUCGGGCGGUAGGGAGGUACGGCCGAUGCCAGAGUUUCUCUGAGGAUCUUCUGGGGAUCCCUUCCGCAGAUGGAAAAUUGGCUGCCCCCCUCGCGGUAAUUUCGAGCCUGGGUUGCGAUGCUGUAAGUAGCCGAACUUUGCCUUCUAUAUGUGCCGUCGCUAAUGGCCAAACAGACUUUCCUGCCCUGGCGCCCGGUGCAAGAUCCCCAGCGACUCGAGGAACGUGUCCGUAUUUCACCAAGGUGAAUCCAGCAUUCGCAGCGGGUGUUAUAGCUUAAGACUGUCCCGGCCAUCAAUUGUCGCCAGCGCACCCACAACAUCAAGACCGACUUUUGGUCAGGGAUCAUCAUCCCCCACGGCUGAAGUUUGUAGUACGGUAACAUUAGACAAUAAAUCGUCAGCAGUGGUUAGUGGUGGCACCAGCGCCACAGCGACACUGGGCUUGUACUAUCUCGCAGAGACAAGUGACGCCCAGCCCUAUCGCAGACAAAAUACAGGGGCCCAAAUGAUGGCGUUACGAUUGGCGUAUAUACGUGUUCCGCCCCAGGAGAGCCCGCAUUUCCCCACGAUGGGUAUCUGAAGUCUGAAGACUUAUAGAGAUGAGGAGAAAGCAGGCCGGUGAUUGACACGACGGUUAGGGAGCCAUCGCAAUUUUCGAGAUCACGAAUAAAUCAAGCAAUUUCAGCGCGUAACUGGGGAGAUUUUAGGACGGAAGGAUUAUUCUGAUCCCGGCCCACCAUGAUAGUGGAGCUCACUUCGAGUGGUGCCUAGCGGAAGAGUGAGUUAUAAUUUUCAAUUGAUCACGAACCACGAACCAUCACUAAAACUUAGCCACUAGAUCCGAGCUUCUUGUCUCGAAUUUACCACAUCGGAAACCUCUCCAUGGAGGAAAAAAGCAAAAUCGGGCUUUACACAGAGAAUUGGGUGUCCAGCUAUUGGCAAACAACAAGUCAAGGCGUGUUUUCAAUGUCUGGGUCCAACACCUAAGCCCAGUCUGGAUAUGAUUGCCUCUUCCGAGUAUGCUCAUGGCGUAGCAGGUGAGCAUAUACUGGUAUCUUCAGCAGAAUUUUCUAAAAGAUAAGGACUAACUAGGGUCGUUGGAAGAGCCUUCCAGGGAUAGUUCACCAUUAAAGCCAACAAACUCGGGGGUGACUCCAGGUCACUUCGGGGUUCCUCUUUUCUUGUCUUGGGCGAGCACAGUACAUCACCAUGAAAAUUACGCCAUCCACGGAUUACUUUGCCUUUAUUGAGGGGUAAUCCCCGAUGAUAUUUAUGCAGGACCCAGCGAGAUCAAGAAGCCGAAGGGGGUUGCUCUGCCCGGCCACAUUCUUAUCCAUCUCCACAAUGAGAGCAACCUACGCAUCGGUUCUUGGGUCCAUGCAGAACCGUUGGCAUUCGGCCAGGUUCAACUUUGAGAUACGGUGAGUCACAACUGAUUUUAUAACGGCAAUAUACUCUAGACCUGAGCUAUCCUCUAGUAGGUGGCGCAAUAUCCAACUGUAAUGUUUGGGAAUGGAUUGAGAAUACUAAUGUCUCUUAGCAAACCCAAACUCUAUUAUCAUUUGCCCGACCACAAAGAAACCUGCUGCAUACGCCACAACUCUAUCAGCCAGGUCUUUGGACUACCUCAAUAACACGUCGGCAAGGACAAAACGUGGAAGACCAGAUGUCCGGGGUUGGCAAACCAACCCCGAAAGAGCAGGAUAUCCGGGAAAGGAGUUACGAUUGCGGAAGUAAUGGGGAUACUAAGGCACCAGAGCCCCUGAUGCCGAAUAUCAAGUGCAAUACAGUGGUAGCCCACGUUGAUUCAUCAUAGAUUAUCACUCGACCUGCCCGUGGUUCAAAGUCCGCCAAAUCGCUGAUUAAAGUGCCCUGUAAGGGCACCGGAACAAUUUCCUCUCUGGAGACCAUCUGAGUGAACCUUAGCAAACAUCUGUUGUACAAGUACCCUUGAUGCCGCCAUGAUAUGUAUGAUAGCGCCACGCGGGGCAGGAGUUUUUUUUCUCUUGAAACAAGGGGAAGGGGGCCACGUUGUGAUGUGAAACCGACCAAGUGCUCGGACCCCCGCUCCUGUAAAACACGGUUGGGCAGGCCCUAUUCACCAACCAUCACUCGUUUAAUAGGAAUUCCGACGAGAAGUUAUUGUUCUAGUUUUAGCUACAGAAAGCAGUGCACACAGCGCCAGCGACUAUCCUUUUUUUGUAAAAGAAAAGAAAAAACUAAAUGUAGUAUGCC